CCAGGAGCAAUGGAUCUCAAAGUGAUCAGCGUGCUCUCUGCCAUCCUCGUUUUAGCCCUCAGCACCCUGGCAGAAGGAAGGGUACCGCCAACAAGAUGCCAGUGUAAACAGGCCCUCAGCGAGCGGAGGAACUGCGGCUACCCGGGAAUCUCAGCAGCGGAGUGUAGGAAAGCUGGAUGCUGCUUCAAUGCUUCAUACUCUGGCGUUCCCUGGUGCUUCAGUCCUAAAGUAAAGAGAGUUAAGAAAUUGUGUCCCACUGAACCUCAUGCCAGAAGAAACUGUGGCUUCCCUGGCAUCACAGCCAAGCAGUGCGAAAGGAAGGGGUGCUGCUUCAGAGCACAUCCUGCUGGUGUCCCCUGGUGCUUCUACCACCAUGUAGUGGAGGAAGGUUGUUAAAGGAGAAAUUUCCAUUAAGAACCUUGAGAUCUUUGGUCCCGCUUCAACAGAAAACAAUAUCUGGAAGUCCCAACUCAGAUUUUACAGUUUGCAACAGCUAUGAUUUCUAGGUCAUUUUUACCUUGGAUUGACUCCUUUCUGAUGAAA